AUGGGACAGUCCUUUAGACUUCUGGCGCCUCAUGCCAGACUGAGCGAGGAAUUUGGAGGGAAGCUCGGAGAGAUGAUUUACGACGGCACUGCCGAGAGACUGGUUGAGCUACUCGCCGUCCCCGUUCGGCCCAAGUUUGCCGUGAACCCAGACCGAAUUGCUUCCCAGACUGCGUCGCAGAGCAGCCGUUCACCUGAACAAAAUGAGUGCAGUGAGCUUCAGGUGACCGUAGCAGUCAAGCGGAAAGCGAAUGCCGAAAUGUCAAAGAGCCCUCCACCACUUCGGAAGAAGAUCAAGACAACAUCUGGAAGCCACGGACCGAAUUCUCAAUCAGCCACAUUUUCUAGCCUCCCUACCGAAAUCCAUCAACUUAUAUUCUCUCAUAUCGAGAAAUUUGUAGAUGUGCUCAGACUCGGAUUGGUGAAUCGGCACCUCUGCGAUAUCGCUCGGGAACAGCUGCUGUCCGGUUUUUGUUCGCAUUUUGCACCAUGGGCCGGUCAAAAGAUUGUCUAUGUGGGAUGUAAUACCAAACCAAAUGACUACCCGCCCGGACUAUUCUCGGACGCAGAAAUAGAAGCCCUCAGCAAAGAGGAAAUCGAGGUCUAUGACGAGUACGAGCAAGACUAUAUUACCAUGACACCAUCCAAUCUCUUUGACUUCACGACACCUGGUGUUUCCGCGAUGCAAGGAAGGAUCGACAUAGAACUCAAAACAAUCCAGUAUCGAUUGUUAUCCUACAAGUUAAAAGCUUCCGAGAAUGCUGCACUGACAUAUUUGGGCGUGCCCGCAUAUAUCCAGUGCGACCACUUUUUGCCCCGAGACCAACCGUGGGUUCUCCGAAACCUCACCACAAAGCAGUUUGUACGUGCAGAGGCCAUUGCCCUAAAGCCGGAAUUUAUUCACGGCCCCGAAAUUAAGUUUUUCGGCUUUGGCCACGUCGUCCUGUUACGCAUCUGCUGGUCGUCUAGCCCUGUCAGUGGCGUGGAUCCGGAGAAUAUCGUCAGAGGAAUAUGGGCAGGGCACUGUUUCGAUAUCACUCUACUGGCCAAACACCAGGAGGAGACCGGCGCCGGAGAAGGUUGGACCGAUAUAAGCGAUGAAGUUGCAAAGGAGAUUGCUACUUUCUGUGAAACCAAUGAGGGCCCCGACUGGCGUUCGUAUCUUUGUGAAAAUGCAACACGAUCCAGCGACUGGUGGUAA